AGCGACUGAGACCCCAGCAGCAGUGCCUCCUCGCCGUCUUUAUUGCGCCAGCCCUAACCCUAACCCUAACCCGACCUACGUGCGUGGCUUCCACGUGGCAGCAGCGCGCUGCACUCGAUCUUGCGCUUUGAGGCCCGCGAGCAUUGAGGCGCGCCGACCGGAAGCUCAGGGCGGAGUUCCCGUCAACGGGUCCCGGCGCACGGCCCCUGCCCUUUUAAAGCGCGUGCGGAGCGGAAGAGGGGCGGCAAGGCGUGCGCGCGGGGAGGCAAGGUCCAGGAGCGGAGAGGGGAGAGGGGAGAGGGGAGGCAACGCGAUGGGCGACAUGCAGGGGCGCGUGGAGGAGCGGCUCAGAGCCGCGUUGCAGCCGCAGGAGCUGGUGGUGAUUGACACGUCAGCAGGCCACUGUGGCACGGCGUUUGACGUGGCGGUGGUGUCGCCGCUGUUUGAGGGCAAGAGGCUGCUGGAGCGGCACCGCAUGGUGAACAGUGCUCUUAGUGACGAGCUGCCUCACAUCCAUGCACUGAGCAUCAAGAAGGCAUGGACUCCCGAGCAGAUGCAAGCUCAGCAGAACAAGUAG